AUGUGUCAAUUAUCUCAAAUUAAUAUUGCAAAGGUCCCCCCAAGGCUUGAAAUGUUGAGCGGAAAAAAAACUUUGUGCAAGGGAGCAGAUGUUGCCAUGGUAACCACGUCUGAUCUAUUCGACAUCUUUCCUGUGUUACAUCUUCUUCGAACAGUAUAUUCUGCAAUUCUCAGAUGCGAGCUUAAUUAUCCAAAGUUCUUCGACAUCCAAGCAUCACAUCCCUCCAUUUCCUUAUAUUUCGCAUCUGUGACUCGUAUAUAUUCCUCAUGCUUUUCUAAGCCAUUGGGUUGGUACGACUCGCGGCGCCAGGGGCAGGCCGAGCACAGGAGCGACACGGGCGGCCUCGGGACCAGAGUCAGCCUGGACGUGACGCUCGACCCCGCCGUGCUCCGGGUGGCGUCGCUGACCGUGAAGGACGAGGCGCUCUACUUCUGCAGGGUCGACUUCAGGAUGCAGCCCACCAAGACGACGAGGGUCAGCCUAACGGUCGUAGUUCCCCCCACGGGCGUGAGUGUGUUCGUGGGCGGAAGCAGUCAGCCCGUGAGCAGUAUGGUGGGCCCUUACCAAGAGGGCGCCGUGGUGGAGCUCACCUGCGUGGCUCAUGGAGGUAAACCUCGACCCACAGUGGUGUGGUAUAAAGACACGUUACUACUCGACGACAUUAUGGAAUCUGAAAUCCCCGUCGACAACGCGACCCUUAUGUACUCUUCCACCACCGCCACUACGCUCGCUCAGGGGCCCCAAACACCCGAGAACACCUCCAAAGAAGCCGCCACAACGCUCACUCCAGGGCCCACGACGACCACGGCAGUGAUAACCACAACCGCCACGACCUUCUCGACGAGGAUGACUUCGGAGUCGUUCAACACCCUUCAGCUGGGACCACUCACCCGGCACGACCUCAGGUUGCUCCUCACCUGCGAAGCCUCCAAUUAUAACAGGACACUACCGACGUCUACGGUCGUGAUGGUGGAUAUGAAUCUGCCCCCCCUCAGCGUGACGAUCACCUCCCCGCCCCCCUUCCUCCGCGCCGGGCAGGAGUACGAGGUCACGUGCGAGGUCAUCGGGGCACGACCUCCCCCGACGAUCACGUGGUGGCAGGGCGCGCGCCAGGUGCUGCACGCCGCCCUCGAGACGAGCGAGGACGGCAACCUGACCUCCAGCCACCUGACUCUGACGCCCCGCCCCGAGGAUGACGGCAAAGUGCUCAAGUGCGUCGCCGAGAGUUACGUCACCAACACCGUCAUGCACGAUUCAUGGACGAUCACGGUGCAUUACCGCCCCACUGCCACCGCGCGGUUCGGUUCCUCCUUGGACGUCGAGAACAUCAAGGAAGGCGACGACGUUUACUUCGAGUGCGACGUCUAUGCUAAUCCUCAAGCCUCUCGCGUGUCCUGGAGGCUCAAUAACCAGGUGCUUCACCACAACGUCAGCGCGGGCGUCAUAGUCAGCAACCACGCUCUGGUCCUGCAGCGGGUGGUGAGGGCGUGGGCGGGCUUGUACUCCUGCCACGCCCUCAAUCCUGUUGGGGACGGAGUAUCGAACACACUCCGGCUCGACGUUAAGUUUCUCUGCUAUCCCCUCCUCUCCCUUCCUCCUCUUCUCCCCUCUCCCUCCUUUAUUAUCCUCCCUCCCUUCUCCCCCACAGAUGCCCCCGUCUGCUCGCCGGGUCAAGUCACGACCUAUGCCGUGGGUCGUUACGAGGACGCGGAAGUCACGUGCUCCGUGGACGCCAACCCGGCCCUCACGAAGUUCCAGUGGACGUUCAACAACACGGCAGACAUCAUCGACGUCCCUCAGGGCAGGUUCUCCUCCGACAGCACCGUGUCCGUCAUCACGUACACGCCCAUGACCUCCCUGGACUACGGCACGCUGCUCUGCUGGGCGUACAACUCCAUCGGCACUCAGAGGGUGCCCUGCGUCUUCCACAUCGUGCCAGCAGCGUGGGAAGCGGAGGAGGCAGAGGAAGAAUGA